AUGAUAAUUUCAAUUCAAAAAAGUGGGAACUCCGAUGGAAUUGCCGGUUGUCAACCCGAGUAUCAACACACCAGAAAAAAAAAGAAAUUUUGGAAGGAUCGAAUCUUGCCGAGGAUCCAAAAAUCGCUCGAAGUCGCUAAAAAUAUUUUCGUCGGGAACCUAGUCUUCAUCUUCGCUGUUCUCACCAUCUACAUGGUUCUGGUGUUGGAAGCGUACAGAGAGAAUCAGAGCUACAUUGGAGCAUCGGAAAAGAUUGAGGAAACGAAGAAAUCAUUUGGAUAUUCUACCUAUUAUGGUCUGGUGUUCGGGGUGGUUCUGGAAGUCAUAAGGAAUUCUCUUCGCCACUUCAAGAAGCCCCCAAUGCCAUUCUACGUCCCAACAAUUGGAUCCGUUAUGUCUCUGGUACUAAGUAUUGUUACUGUAAUAGUUGGAAACGUGGAUGACGCAGACUGGUUCAAACAAAUCGCCAUCGGAUUCAUUUACGGAAAGACGAUUGAGGUGACACUGUCUCGCUACACCAUCUGGAAUGGCUCUGCACAGGCUAUUGGAGCAUACAUUGCACUGCAUUUCGCCGUCCGAAUGGCAAUGAUCAUCGAAAACGCUGGAUUUGCAAACAGUGUGCAAUUGAUUCGGAUUACGAGAUACACGAUGACUGCUAUUGCUCUUUUCUGCGGAUAUCAGUUGAGGUCCCAGCAUCAUCCAGAGGUCCCAGAAAGUCCAGUUUUCUACUGUCUUCUGAAUCGUCAUUCUUCCACGACAGCCGCUGCUCAGACUCCACAGCUUUUCCUUCUUGGACAUCUGUCCCGAUCGCUGUCCUUCUACGGUCCAUUGACGACACACGAUCUUCAGCACGUCAAACACACCUCCACGGUGGUUUCCAGCACGAUCCACACCCCAUGGUGUAUCCCACAGCAUCGAUGUAUUCCUCACAUCUUGAGCUCUUCCUCACUCGGCUGCAUCUCCGAUCGGCUUCAAGGUGAUCCCAUGAUCUCGAGCUCCUCGCUCUCAAACCCUUCGACGGCUUCCUCACAACGAUGCCGACAUCUCGUCCUACUGCAUCGGGGUAUCCAAAUGCUGCUCCAACACUCUCCCUGCGCACCAACCAAUCCGAUUUGGAGUAUUCCAGCCUUCCUCGGUGGUCCCUUGAUCCUGAUCGCCAAUGUUAUAUCGUUAGGUGGCAGGAGAGUGGAGUAUAAAUAA